AUCAAAACAUAAAAACGUGUUUGCUAAGUCCAAAUUGAUCCUGUUAUAUUAAGAGAACGUGUUGAAUUGUAUUAAACUAUGUCGUCUGCUCGAAUAAAGAAACCCGUCACUCGCCGUGGCAAAAGGGCUUUGGAUGAGCGGGAACCCAAAACGAUUGAAAAUCCCAAAAAGACAUUGAUCAUGGAAGGUCGAAAAUGCUCCAAUGAAAUUCGUCAAGCAUUGAAAGAUCUUUAUCUAUUUAAAAAGCCGCUAGCUAGUCUGAUGCGACGGAACAACGAUGUUACGCUGUUUGAAGAUGCAACCCCUUUGGAGCAGCUGGCCAAAUCUAAUGACUGUCACUUGUUUAUGUUCGGAUCUUCCUCGAAGAAACGCCCAAACAAUUUAAUACUUGGCCGAAUUUACGAAGAGCAGGUUUUGGAUAUGGUUGAGUUAGGAAUAAAAGAGUAUAAAAGUCUACAAGACUUUAAGAACGAGAAAAUUUCGGCAUUUGUAAAACCGAUAAUUGUUUUUAAUGGAUAUAAAUGGAAACUAACCGAAGAAUUACGUAGAGUCAGAAGUUUGCUGCUAGAUAUUUUUCACAUCGACAAUGUUGAUUCCAUUCGGCUACAGGGAUUGGAGCAUGUACUCAGCUUUACGAUUACCGAGGAUCUAGAUAUUUUGAUGCGAUCCUAUCGGAUGAUGCUGAAAAAAAGCGGUCAGCGAACACCACGCAUCGAAUUGGUCGAAAUGGGGCCUCGCAUGGAUCUAACAAUUCGGCGCACCAAGAUAGCCUCAGACGAUCUGUACAAAACUGCCAUGCGACAACCUGCUAUUCUGAAGGUGGCCAAGCGGAAGAACGUCAGUCGAGAUGAGUUGGGCAAUGUUCACGGAAGAGUACACGUUGGAAAGCAAGACAUAAACAGCAUCCAGACCAGGAAGAUGAAAGGCUUGAAGAAAACUGCAGAUGAGAAGAAAGAAAACCGUGCCGCCAAAAAGCGUAAGCUUACAAAUAAUGAGUCGGAAGGUGACGCUACGGAUAACGACGUUGAUAUGGAAGAUAAUGAAAUGGAAGAUGACGAUGUGUGAUUAUAGGUUUAGUUUGUUUUUGCUAUUAUAAUCCAUCAGAAGUUAUACAUGUACGUUUGUUCAGUUUCGAGUUUUUUUUAUCAGACGCACUAUACUGCCGCUCUUCGCAUAACAGUCCCAUGGCGAAAAAUAGCAAGCGUAGAAAACGGCGAUUGAAGUUUUUCGUCAGUUUUACUUAAUUACGCUCCCACAGGUUAUUUUCAAGCGAACCUUUACUAUAAAUUUGUUAAAAUGAACACGUUCAAAUGUUUUAAACAAAAAUUAGUUACAGAUUUUCAAUUAUCAUCAGUUUAUCUUAACAAAAUAGCAAAGGGACUGACAUGCGAAUAAUUUUCGAUUGAAUCAGCAAAAUCUUCGCAUAACCGGCACACUGUCGAUAAUGUAUGGUAUGAUUUUCGAGAUUUACUUGCUGCUUUUAUUAAAGAGAACUAAACUGAAGACUAAAAGAUAGUUACGUCCAACUCAACUCCCCUCUACCCCCACCCCCUCAGUUCACAUGAUACCAUAUUCCAAGUAAUAGCGGUGAUAGGGGCAAUAUUGGCCGCUUACGCAAACCGCGUC